UGUGUGUGUGUGUGUGUGUGUUUGUGAGCAGUGAAAGGAGAGAUAACCCUUUCGCGUUUCACUGUAACAAAACAAAAACCAUGCUGUUCCGUGCCGCAGCUUGUUGCCUGCUUCUCCGCGUCACCUCUGCUCAACCUCAGCUGCUUUUUCCUCUGUGCGCGCAGUGACAGGCGCGUUAUUUUGGACGAUGCUUAUUGCGGCGUUUAAAAAAAGACUCAUGACAGAAUAACAACACAGGGCAGUGCAUCGCUGUCGGCAACACACAAGCCCAUCACUGUUUAUCUGUUUGAUCUGGAUGUGGAUCGCUGUGCGUGCGCGCGCACGCACGGGUUAACCGGGACACUUUGGAAGAAUUGGGUGAAAAUGCACCUGCCGUGAGACGAGGACCAACCGGAGCACAUGGAAAUCGCUUCCCUCGUAAAGUCGAAUCUGGAUAUUUUAUUACUUGUUUUUUUUCCCCCCACAGCCAUGGACUAUACACCGUUUUUAAUCCGCUGCUUUUUUAAUAUUUACUCAUCGCGGGGCUUCACUCCCUCCAGAGUAUGAGGAGGAUGACAGCUGAUCGCCCCUCCUCACACGGGACUCCAUCUGAAUCCGCCGCCGAGUCUCAGUUUCAGCUGUUCAACAAUAGAAGAGAGCGCUGCUGAGAACUGAGCGCGCGCGCGACAGAGAACUGUGACAUUUGGUUGAUUGCCAUCGUAACCUCUCCCUGAUCUGCCUGCCACGCGUGUCACAUUUCACAUAACGCCCCUUUAAUUUGAUUUGCCCUCAUUUGGGAAAGAUUAAAUCACCCGCGUGCUCUGCUGGAUCAUUUGUGCAGGAGCUGCUGCAGUCAGGAGAUGUCCGAUCCUUUCUCGUCAUCAUGCUGUUUGAUACUUUGAUCAGCAGAUAGAAUCAUCAGCGUCAGCGCAGAGAGAUACUGGAGCUACAGGGGGAUUUAUGUAGAUUAUCGCUUGACUGCUAUUUUGUUCCCCGGGUCACACUCUUAACUGAACUUAGCGGCUUUGGAUCGGCAGCCUUUUCCCUGCUGCUGCUGCUGCUGCCGCCGCCGCCUGGAACACUCCUGCUCCCUUGACAAGCCCCGCUAUUCAUAAAUGGAAGGAGCAUUCAUGAGCAAUGACCGCCACAGAAGUGUCCGGUCUCAGAAGUGAGGAGACGACGGGUCCAGUGCUGCUGUCACACGGUGUGGAUCAGGCACAAUGAGACGCGCUUAGUUCGUGUCUCUCCGUGGUUUUACGCACGCGCUGCCCGGCAUGUCGACGCUGUGACUGCAGCUUUGAGUAGGAAAACAAAACACAGCUUCGCCCCGAUCGAGCACUUCUAACGAGCACCCGUUUUGCCAGACUACCGGGGUGACUACCGGAGGAUGUUUGAGCGAGGAUGCUGCGCUUCCCCGUGAAGAAGAUCCGGAAGCAGUUCAAGCUCCUGCUGCUGCUGGUUCUGCUCACCUCCGCCGUGUGGUUCACCUACCUGCACAUCAACCAAGGCAAGACCAUCAAACUCCACUUCAACUACGGAAAAGAUGGAGAGAGACAGACGGAGGGGACGGACGCCAGCCGCAAGAGGGACACGCGGUCUUCAGCCGGCCACCACAAGAGCGAGGACACCAGCGAUAGUAGGGAGGAUGAGGCAGCAGAUGAUGAGCCAAUCACAGGAAGAGCCAUUGGCAGAGGCCAUACUCACAUCCGAAAGUUCCUCAGCCAGCGCCACAAGAAAUUGCCAUGGAAACCAGAGUAUAAGGGCAAGGCCAACCUGCAUGUGUUUGAGGACUGGUGUGGCUCCUCAAUAGCCCAACUCAGAAAGAACCUGCACUUCCCCCUCUACCCUCAAACCAGAACCACCAUCAAGAAGCUUGCAGUGGCUCCAAAGUGGAAGAACUACGGCCUGAGAAUAUUUGGCUUCCUUCACCCUUACAGAGACGGUGACUUCCAGUUCUCCGUAUCGUCUGAUGAUAACUCUGAGCUCUGGCUGAGUCUUGAUGAAAACCCUCUCAAUGCGAGACUCCUGGUCUAUGUAGGACAGCUGGGUACGGAGUGGACGGCUCCAGGCGAGUUCAGCAAGUUCAGGUCUCAGUCCUCUAAGUCUGUGCACCUGAUAUCAUCCAGACGAUACUACUUUGAGAUCCUCCACAAACAGGAUGACAAGGGCUCAGAUCAUGUGGAGGUUGGGUGGCGUCCAUUCCUUCCUGGUUUGAAAUAUGAGGUGAUAGAUUCAGCCUACAUUUCCCUGUACACAGAUGAAUCCACCCUGAAGAUGAACAGUGUGGAUCAUAUCCCUCAGACCUUGGCCAGUCACAUCCGUCUCCCAGAGGAGUCCCAGCCCCAGGGCCUGGAAGAGAACAGCAACAUGCAGCAUGGAGCGGAUAUGCUGAAGCCAGACCCAAGGGAUACUUUCUACAGCACUCCUAUGAUUGACCCCUCCCACCUGGAAAAUGUUCUGCCAGCUUGUCUCUACUCCCCAACCUAUGUCGUCAAAGAUUUCCCCAUCGCCAGAUACCAGGGCCUGCAGUUUGUUUAUUUGUCCUUUGUGUACCCCAAUGACUUCACACGUCUCACCCACAUGGAGCGAGAGAACAAGUGUUUCUACAGAGAGUCUCCGAUCUACUUGGAGAAGUUUGGUUUCUACAAAUAUAUGAAAAUGGAUGAGGAGGAAGAUGACAGACCGUUCGUCUUCCCAAACCCAUCUGAUUUCCUGGAAGAGGAGGAAGUGGUGGAUGUUGAGGAUGAGGUCGAGAUCGUUGGCACAGUGUCGCCCAAGAAGCCCUCUCGCCCCAGCCAGAUCAGCCACACCUCCAACCCCUCCCAUCAUCACUCAAAGUCUGGGCCCACACCAGCAAGCAGGGAAGGGGAGGGAGAGGAGGGCGCGGUCAACAGCAUCACACUCCGCAGAGAGAGGAGACACUUUUUUCACAGGGAUGGACAGAUUAUUGGCAGGGAUCUGGACAGAGACUGGGGACGGGAUCAUACCAGGGAAUCUCUGAGACAGGACCCCAGGAAGAGACUCGACAAAACCCAACCCAGGCUGCUUGAGUCUUAUACCGACACUGUGGUCCAGGGUCGCUCCCUGUCCUGGAUCCGUACUGAUCCUGUAGAGCAGGGACUUGGCCAGAAAGAAGGAGGAACAGAUGGUGUAGGUGGAGGAGGAGGAGGAGGAGAGAAAGGCGCUGUGACUCUGCCUAAACUGAGCAAGUCUUCUCUCCUUUUCACCCAAAAGUCCUCCCUCUCUGCACUUACCAGCCGUGCCAAGCAGAUCAUCAGCAACUCCGCCCACAGCAACAACCCUUACGACAACAGCAACCGGCCUGCUGGAAACAAGAAGGACGAGAACAAGAUCUACAUCACUAGGCCUCGGCCUGCCAAGCAGAGGGAGAGAGAGAGGGAAAGAGAGAGGGAACAGCGUCGGGAGAGGAGGGAGGAAAGGUUGUAUCGACAUCCUAGAGAGGUGUUUCCAGGCGUCUUUUUGUACCAAACUGGGAAGACCACAAGGCUGGUCAACUUGGGUGCCAAAGGGCACACUUUAGGAAAGGCAACAGCAGGUAAAAACCCUGUUAGUGUCUCUCAUCUCUGGCCCUACCCCCCAACAAAAGAUGGGAAAACAUCUCAUAAUGGAAGCAUCAAAAUGACAACAAGGAGCAAGGAGCUUCAGGAUUUAAAGAGCGCCGCCACAGCUGAUCUAUCCAGUAAAGAAACAUUAUCCCAUCACCAUACCACCGCUGCAGUUGCCAUGACAUUGAACUCCACGGAAAACGCACCCCACGGUGAGUCAAGAGUCACUUCUUACCUCAGGCUCUCCGAGAUCACAGAGUCCCAGCAGCAACCAGAUCCAGACCCAAACCCAGUAGAACCUGACCAGGAUACAAAUCACUCAAAUCCUGAGCCAGAACCAGAAGAGGGUGAGAUGUCAGACUAUAGCUAUGAAGAAGCUGAGGCACGGCCAGGCUGGGCAGAGGAGAGCAUCAAUUGGCAGAGAACCUUCUCUGUCAAUCCAAUGGACUUUGAGCUGCUGCGAUCGGACUGGAACGACCUGCACUGCAAUGUGUCUGGCAACCUCCAGCUGGCAGAGAGUGAGGUGGUGGAUGUUCUGGCUCAGUAUAUGGAGAAACUCAAUGAACGCAAUGGAGGAAUCUACACCCUGCUGAGAAUCAUCAAUGUCGAGAAGCGGCGUGACUCCGCGCGAGGGAACCGUUACCUGGUGGAGCUGGAGCUAAUGGAGAGAGGCCGCAGCGUUGUACGUCUGUCGGAAUACAUUUACCUGCUGCUCCACCGCGGCAGGCAGGGGGAUGAAAGUCUGGAGAACACAGACUCUGCGCCAGCCUCAGCACCAGCCUCUGCCCCCUCCACUGAUACGUCCAGCCUCACUACCCCACCGCACCCGCCCUCCACCAAGUCGCCCGUCCGGCCCGGAGUAACGCCAUGGAGCACGGCCUUUGCUAAGCCUCUGCUCUGUCAACCUGUCAUGCUGCAGUGGAGGAGGGAUGUGAUGGUGCACUUUGUGGUGCCAGUGAAAAAUCAGGCUCGGUGGGUUCAGCAAUUUAUUUCCGACAUGGAAAAUCUUCAUCGCCAGACCAAGGACAACAAUUUCAGCAUCAUCAUUGUCGACUUUGAGAGCGAAGACAUGGACGUGGAGCAGGCGCUCAGAGAGAGCAGUGUGCCGAGAUAUGAGUAUCUUAGGAGAGAGGGGAACUUUGAGCGCUCAGCGGGACUGCAGAUGGGAGUGGACACUAUCGAGGAUAAUCACAGCAUCGUGUUCCUGUGUGACCUGCACAUCCAUUUCCCUCACAAUUUCUUGGAAAGCAUCAGGAAGCACUGCGUCGAGGGACGCCUCGCUUUUGCUCCCAUCGUCAUGAGACUCGGCUGUGGCAGUUCACCGCAGGAGCCUGAUGGUUAUUGGGAGGUGAAUGGCUUUGGUCUGUUUGGAAUCUACAAGUCAGACUUUGACAAGAUUGGAGGGAUGAACACAGAGGAAUACAAAGAUCGUUGGGGUGGAGAGGACUGGGAGCUGCUGGACAGGGUGCUGCAGAACGGUUUGGAGGUAGAGAGACUUCGUCUAAGGAACUUCUUUCACUACUUCCACUCCAAACGAGGCAUGUGGAACGCUCAAAACAAAAAAACUCCUAAGGGAUAGUGCUCCCUGCUGUUCGGAGGAUCCCAAAACCUACCUGCAGAUUCACUGUGUGUGAGAGAGACCUUGGGUAGCUCGCUCACUGCCUGAUCUCUGCCUUUUUUUGAAACCAGGCUCUUUUCAUUGAUGCCUCUGUUUCGCCAUCGGCCCCUCUUUUUAUGCUUGUUUGCUGUACGAGGAAGUAAACAGAGUCUGAAUUUGAACUUGAGCUGUACUACGCAGACACACCUGAGUCGUCACUUUGCCUACUACUGUACAGAGAGAGGACAGUUAUUCUUGUUCUCCUUCUCUCUGCCCUUUUUUUGGUGCAAUGUUUUCAGACGGACUGGAAACAGCUGUUUUGGAGCGUGCGUGUGUAUACUGUACGAAUGUGUGUGUGUGGGGGGGGGGUGUUGCCGCUUUUGUGUGCUUGUGAUGACAGGAAGCAGCUUUUUUUUUCUAGCAAGGAGAUGGGAAGACAACCUAAGAUCUGUGUUUCUAACACGCCCUCACGCGGGCGCUCAAAUGAAUGUGUGUUAACGUGUUAUUCGGAUAGAUUCAGACACGGCGGCGUAGCUCAAAUAAGGGGAACUAUGACAGGACGUCUGAAUACAUCUACUACUACUACCUGUUGAAUAUCGUUUAACCAGAAUGACCAAGGUGCUGACAUUUUCCUGAUAUAAAGAAACAAAGAGAGUUUUAAAAUCAUAUAUAUAUAUAUAUACAGUAUAUAUAUAAAAAGAAACUUUUUUAAACAGACACAGACAGAUUCAUCACCUUCUGUAUCUCUUUUGUUGUUACUUCAUCUUCCAUCUCAUGCUAAUCAGUGCAUCUCAUCACACUGCUGAUUUGUAAUAGCAGUAUUAACCCAGAUCGAUGGUAGCUAUUGGUUAUGAGUUGAUUAAUUUGUUAUUAACUAAAGUUUGUUUAAGUUUUAUUUAUUUAAACGGGAUUUUCAUUUGUAUGUUUGGUUUACAUGUUUAAACUCUACCUAUGGUAUCCUCCAUUCCUUCCAGAUCGCUAACCUCACUGACAACUGGAACAUAAAACUGUAACAGGGGGAUAACUAAGGACAUUUGAUUUAAAGUCGUCUCGCUGUGCAAUUUCUGAGCUGGGUGUUAUGUUAUAAAAUACUGGACUUUGGGGGAAUUAAAACACUCACAGAACGGGAAUUGACUUCACAAAACACUGACGCUCUUCUUUUGAGCUUCGAUUAAGCUCCAGCAUAAGGGAGACCAGCUCAUGCACUGGACACGAUGUGGCAAGGCAUGGCUGUUUCACAAAUGUGUGCCUUUUAUCAGGGUUUGCAGGCAGUUUUUUUUUAAUCAUUAUUAUAAUUAUUAUUAUCAUCAAUGACUAUAUGACAGAGGACAGGGACAGAUAAAUAGUACAACUUUAUUUAUCAACGGGACUGUAAUGUCACUGUAAAUUAAGAUUUACACUGUAAGUGAAGGAAAUAUGGUUAUCUUAAAUGGGGAUACAGGUGUUGGGUCUUUUUGUUAUCACAUAAACUUAGACGGGAGAGGGCGUGGUUAUUGUGAGCCCAUUGUUCUCAUUGAUGAAAUCGACAGAGUUGGUUUAAAUGACUACUGAGUGGAAAGGCGGUGUGAUGGAGACUCAGUGGCAGCUGCUGUUGAGCAGGUCGUCUCCUGCUCCCAUUACUUUGGCUGGAAGCCGAGCUCCUAAUGCCUCUGUUUAUACAACAUGGUACUUACAUUGGCAGGGAGAGGCUGGAGGGCCCACGACUGGACAAAUAUUUGGAUGAGAGCCAGUGAUCCCUUAUUGACUACAUGAUUGUCCAAAAGUAAGAAACAAAGCCCUCAAAGAUUCUUGUCCCUCUGCAGGAAAAGGGUCAAUACUGUAGGUUGUUAAACGUUGACAUGGGAUUAUUUAAAGAGGGGGAAAAACAAACAAAAAACAACAUUAAAUAUAAGACUAUACAUAUAUAUAUGUGUAUAUAUAUGUGUGUAUAUACAUAUAUAUGUAUAUAUAUAUAUAUAUAUAUAUAUAUAUAUAUAUAUAAAUAUAUAAAAGAAACAUAAAAAUAAAAAAUAGGAAUAUACAUUCCAAGGUAAUUUCUGU